CUCCAUAUUAAUGCCCAUGGUUUUAGAAUGGGAUGUCCAAUAAGUUCAGGCGCAUUUGGUCACUGAUGCUAAUGGGAGGAGCUGUGAAGUUCAACACAUCAACACAAGACAUACCACAGAAACAGGAAAUAAAAGUCAGUGCCACAAAGACAAGAGUAUUUACUGAAUUAAAGUUUAUGUACACAUCACAGAGGCUGACCUUCAGAUCAGGAUGAAGACCUUCAUCUUCACCCAUCUACUUGAUCUCAGGUCAAGUGGACUGUGUUGAUGUGACUGGGUACACAGGAGGAAGUGUCCUUAUCAACUGCAGAUAUGAUCACACAAGAUACAUGAAUCACACAAAGUACUUCUGCAAGUUAAACCAAAGAAAAGAAUGCACUGACCAGAUUCUUUCAAAGACACAGAAUCCAGAAACUCAUAAUGGAAGAUUCUUCUUAUUGGAUGAAACUCAGCCUGGAAUGUUUAGUGUGCUCAAUAAAAAUGUAAGUCAGCAGGAUGGUGGGAUCUAUAGGUGUGGAGUACAAGACAAAGCAGCCCAGCUUACAGAUGUGACAUUGAAAGUGAAACAAGAUCCUUGUUGUGGAAAGACGCUCACACAGGAAACUGAUCCAAGAGAGACUGUUACCUUUACCUGUAAAUAUCCACAGGAGUCUAAAUAUCUCUCCAAGUACUUGUACAAAGUGAAUGAUCACAGCUAUCAUGUGGUCAUAUUUGCUCUUGGACUAUCAGCACAAAAUGGGAGGUUUUCUCUUUUUGACCAUCCACAAGAAAACCUCUUCAACGUGAGCAUCAGUGACGUGACUGAAGAGGAUGGAGGAGUUUACCUGUGUGGAGUUCAGGGACAAAAGGAUGGAGAUCUGAACCCUUACUACUCCCUCUUCAAUGAAAUACAGCUUCAUGUUGCAGGUUUAAGAACAUCUACAGGGUCCUCUGUCAUCAUCACUGUGUGUGUCUGUGUGGCCUUGCUGCUGAUUGGAGGAUUAUUACUGAUCUACAAACUGAGACGCAACAGGGCAGAAGGUUCUCCUAAUAUGAUAAUCUCCACAAAUAACACAGCUAACAGUGAUUAUGAAAAUGAUCCUCCUAGAAACCAGAACAUCAUCAGCCGGAGUCCAAUGUCCUGGAAUUAAUGCCCCAAUAUCAACCAAUCACAUUCAGCUUACCAGAGUCCAAACCCCAACAUCAAUCAAUCAGAUUCAGCCUACCAGAGUCUAAAUCCCAACACCAACCUAUCACAUUCAGCCUAUCAGAGUCUAAAC